CGGAGUCCGACCACAUGCCUCGCCGUGACUAUGUUCGCCGGUGCCGGGACCGGUCGAUCGACGUCACCGCUCGCCAAGACUCCAUCAACUGGAUCUUGAAGGUGCACGAGCACUACAAUUUUAAACCGAUUACUGCUGUCCUCUCCGUCAAUUACUUCGAUCGCUUUCUCUCCUCGAAUUUUCUUCCGCGACCGAAUGGAUGGCCGUUUCAGCUUCUAUCGGUGGCGUGCUUGUCAUUAGCGGCAAAAAUGGAAGAACCUCAGGUCCCACUGCUUUUGGACCUCCAAAUUUUCGAACCGAAAUACGUUUUCGAGCCCAAAACGGUUCAGAGAAUGGAGCUUUGGAUCAUGUCUAAUCUCAAUUGGAGAUUACGCGCCGUCACGCCGUUCGAUUUCCUCCACCACUUCAUCUCCAACCUUCUUUCUUCUUCCGCCACCGCCACCGGCGAUGGAGACGGGGAAGACUCUCAUCGCCUCUUCUCUGCUUCUUCCGAUCUAAUUCUCAGCACCACCCGAGUGAUCGAUUUCUUGGGGCUUCCGCCAUCCGCCAUCGCUGCCGCCGCCGUUCUCUGCGCUGCUGGCGAGAGGUUCGAUUCUCCGGCGGUUUGUAGCCAUUUCCUGGCAGCGAACAGAGUCGAAAUGGUGAGAAGCUGUCACCAACUAAUGGAGGAGUAUGUGAUCGACACGUGUCCGGCAGCGCUCCGAAAACAGCGGAGUGGUGAAGCCGAGCAGCCGGCGCCGCCGAGUCCAGUCGGCGUUCUCGACGCGGCUGCAUGCGGUAGCUGUGACAACACCGGCUCUACGAGCCACGAAGCCGCCGCCGAGCCUCCUACGAAGCGGCUGCGGUCCUCUGCGCCGGAUGUACAGGAGCAGUAGAUAAGACCUACUUCGUGUCAUUUUGUUAGAGGAAGAGAGAAAAAGAGAGCUUUUUUUAUUUUCCCAAAUCAGCGGUGGUUCUCUGUUUCUCUCUUUUUCUUUGGUCGCCAUUCUCUUUGUCGUUGACCAUUAAAAUGAACGGUUGGGAUUGCAUGGAGGAUGAUCUCAAGAAAACAAGAGGGGAAAUUUUUGCUGUCUUUUUUAUUUGGUUAUUUAUUUAUCCAAAAAAAUUAUAAAAAAUACCAUAUUUAUAAAUUUUGGGUCUUUCGGGGGGUAAAUGGGGAAAUAAUGAGGUUUAAGUAAUGAUGGGGAAAAAAAGUCAAUAAUUUAUCAAUUAUUCGAAGCUGUGAGUGAGAGUAUCAUCCCCAUGCAUGAAGAACCACUGGAUUGUAUAUUUAUGAAGAGGCUCUUCAUGAGCCAUCUUCACUUUAUGAAAUGACUAUUUUACCCUUCA